AUUUUAUCCUCUCCGCAGGUUCUCCAGGCGGACUGAUGAACCUUUUCCAGAUCAUCGACUCCGUAGGAUCAAGCCUUGAACAAGAGUUAAGAUGGCACGCAGACAAGAAGCCGAGCAAAGCCUGCGGAAGAUAACAGCAGGUUUCAUCGAAAAGUUGACACCAGUGCUCUUCGCCCCGAUCUCCAUACAACAGUUUCCGGACGACGCGGACGAACUCAAGAGUGUUGUGGUCAAAGCACUUGAUGAUCUAGCUCCCGGUAAAGAACGGAUUGGUGACUUUUCCAUCGACGAUGUCAACGUGCAAUGGACGUCGUUCAAGCUUUCAGGCCAGGAGAAAGAGACGGAGCCAUCGAUUAGCGAGCGAGAGAAGUAUGAGGGCAUGGUGAAGGACGCUACGUCGGAUAUCGUCGUCCUGUAUGCUCACGGGGAUAGCUCAGGAGGGAAUUUGGUGCUCAGCCUGCUGGCGCUGCUGCGACACAUUCGCGAUCACAACAACGGGCGCGUACAGUUCCAAGGCCAGUUGAUCGACGUCCCACUUCCGGCGGGGAUCGCUACUCUGAGCCCGCAUUGCGAUCAUACCAUGUCCUUUGUGGAUAUUGCGCCAAGCUGGUCCGCUGCGGGCCUGCCUCCCAUGUUCUUCGCAUGCGGACAAGAAAAGCUGACAGACGAGGCACACUACCUUUCACGGAGAGCUGCGAAGGCGGGGACGAAGGUCCAGUUCUCUCAGUAUGAUGUACUGCCGCAUAAUUUCACCGUGUACUUUCCAAAGCUAUCUCAUUCAAUCCAUGUCCUUCACCGGUGGGGUUCGUUCUGUAGAGAGGUGGUCCAGAAUCCUAGCGGGUUGAAGAGUGAAAGGAUCAGAUAUGCUGCGGAUGACGUGAAAUUCCAGGGUGCUGAGUUAGACCUUCUUGUUAGUCUAGAUGAGAUGGAUCGAAAGAGCAAGAUGCAAGAGAAGGUGGCCAAGCGCAAUCCAUGGACCGGGCCGGCAGAGACGGGCUUGCUCUAG